AUGCGGCAUCGAGUUUCACGCGUCUGUGGCCUGGUGGUUGUGGUGGCAGCUUGCGGUCUAGUGGCGGUUCCACCGACGAACGCUUUCCCCGACGGUGCUCCGGCUGAUACGUGCGUGAAAAGCCGUACCAACCAGCCAAACCACGGAGCGGCCCGCAGCCAGAGUUUGGCCGCGUUGCCGUAUCAGGUGACGGCCAGCGGCAACCUGUACGGUCCCGGCACCCAGAUACAGGUUACGCUUCACGGCCACCAGGAUGUGUUCCGGGGCUUCUUCCUUCAGGCACGUGACGCACAGACGAACGAAUGGAUUGGCUCGUGGUACGAGACGCCCAACACGAAAUCCAUCCCCGAGUGCUCGUCGGUGACGCACGCCGACAACCGGGACAAGGAGCAGGCCACUUUUGUCUGGCAGGCUCCGACGGACCGUCAGGGGCAAGUGUACUUCACUGGCACUAUUGUCAAAAACUACGGUACCUUCUGGGCAGGAGUGAUUGCCGACGUUCCCGCAGCUCAGGGUCGCAGUCUUCUAGGUUAA